CUUUUUCUCCUUUUAGGUCUAGAGAAACUUGGUUAUUUCUCUUCAAGUCCUGGUCAUUCCUGCAAGCACAUCCGGGACUCUGGUGAUUCAACAGGGGACGGAGAGUACUGGAUCGACCCUGAGAAAAAUGGCAGGCCUUUAAAAGUCCUUUGUGAUAUGACAACUGAUGGAGGUAAAGAAAAAAUAUUUAUUAUAUAGAUACUGAUGAAAUACUAGGAUUUUCUCUUUUUCUAAAAAAUCGUAUCUUCAUCGCGCGCAGUGAAGGUACUAUUUUUUUAUUAUAGCGGGGCUCCCGCGCGCGCGAAGCGCGCGUGGGACAGAGCCCCAUACUCAUGGAAUAUGGUCAACCUCUUUUCGUUUGGUUGUCACGUGAUUGACCGAGCGUACGUACGUACGUACGCGUCUACAGAUUGUACGGGUGGGGUAGGGGAGACUAUCAAAAGGAAGGGAGGGGUGUCUCAGGCGUGUCUUGGCAAGUCCACAUCUUUAAUAUUGGAUUUUAGGACAUUCACAAUAUGGUCAAUUGACAGCUGUCAAAACAGGAUAGCCACUGACCAGUAUCCCAUGACCAUAUCGCGGGCUCAUGUGUCAACUCAUCGAGGUGACGUGAUUUAUUUGGAAGCUGUCCGCUGACCAGUUAAUUGUUUUACUAGAUCGCGAACAAUGUUCAAUCUCAUACUUUUACUAGUUAAACUGAUAAUGCACACAUAUUGGACAUCAAUGUUUUGAUCAAUUGACAGCUGUCAAAACAGGGUAUCCGCUGACCAGUAUCACUUGACCGUAUCGCGGGCGCAGGUGUCGACCCAUCGAGGUCAAGUAUUUUUUUGAAGUUAUCCGCUGACAAGUUACUAGUUUUCAAGUGAUCGCAGGCUCAAGUUCAAGUUUUUUCUAAAUUCGUAUGAAAUAUGUUGUGUUUAUGUGCUACACAAUUAUAAUUUUGAUUGCAAACUGACCUCGGACGCGAAAUUCAGCCAGCUGUAGGUACAGGCAGGGAAGACAGUUGCUUUUGACUUUUCUCACCAUGGUCACGCGUUGGUCACGCUCGACGUCCAAUUUUUAUGCUCUGAUUGGUCAAAAUUUGACAGGUGAGUCCAUGCGGAAAAUUUAUGCAGCAUCUUGAAUCUUGUUUACUUUGACAGCUGAAGCUGACAGAGUUUUGGGUCAACUUGUGAUGUUUUUAACUGUCUUUUUCCACUGGAUGUGCAAAAUGAAAUUCAGCUGCUAUCAGGAGUCCUCUGUUAUUCAUGGCUAGUUUGUUUAUUGGGUUUUUGGUUGAGGAAUACGUCGCUUGUCAAAGUCGGAAAUCCGAUUUCGGAUGGCAUCGUUUUCGUUUUCACCUUGCUUGAUGCGUAAGAGGAUUGCAAAGUCUGAAGCGAUACUGGCUUUUCUUGAUACCUUUCAGGAGCAGCAUCUCGAAUGGUAAGCCAGAGAAAUUAUUGUUUUUGAUGUUUGUGUUUUUGGAUCUAAUUUAGUGACGUCGUGCGGAGUUUAUGCGGUCAUUUAGUUUAUGCACGUUUGUAAGAUUUGAGACAAUGAUCUGACCGAGUAUCAGGUUUGAUAUAAGCUUACAGAACUUUAAAAAGCCUUUAGACAGUUUUUCACCGCAAAUAGAAAAAAAACGUUCCAAAGAAUAUUUAGAUAUAAUUCUGACCGGAAAAGAAAGCUUUGAGUGAUUUUCUUGCCUCGAGUUCGUCUUUGAAAAAAGCAAACACCGGGAAGCCGGCUUAAAACAUAAACUUAAGCUUGAAGCUUGAAGACUCAGGAUUUUUAGGGAUACUUUAAUACUUGUCUUCCUGAAUGAAAAUUGUUGUUUCUGUAUAUGUUUCACCGAAUUAUAGUCUCUCUUGUAAUUUUAAUCGCUGUGCCGAUUGUUUUCAGUCGUUCAGUGGACAUCGCUUGCAGGAGUACUCAAAAUGCCGCGCGUUAAUAAACCAUUAAAUAAAAAAUAAACAGAGUAAAUUCUUUAUAAUUUUGGAGCGUAACUCUGUUAAUGUUCAUUCAAACACUCGCCACAGCUCGCACUACAAAAGUGAGAACCGGAUGGCUGUAUAGGUGAUUUUGGAAUUUUUUUUAACAGUUUAUGAAUAUUGAAUGAGUGCAAUUUGUAUUGUGAAAUACUGCUUUCUGUCCGAGGUCUGCCGGUAUGAUAAAAACAGUGCCUCAUACUACUGUUUUACCUCAGAUGUGAUGUAUAAAUGGUAUAAAAGGUUGGUUUACACGCACCCAGAUUUGUCGACAAGAUUUUGCAAAGUAAACUUGUCGAACGCAAAAAAGUUGGCCUGAUUUUUUUUCCCACUAAUUAAUCUACGGUGAUCAAGAGCCAUUGUGGUUCUUAAAUGUGAUCGAGGAUGAUUACCAGUUUUUGGGUGUACAUAUGAGGCUAUCAACUCGAUGUAAGAUUUGAUUCACUCUUGGGUUGUUUGCAAAUUAUUUUUCUCUAAAAUCAGGUAGCCUUUCCCUCAAAAGUCACAUAAAUGUGCUCUAAAGUUAACUGAAUUGUGGAAUUCGAAUACAAGUUUAUUGUUUAAUUUAAAUUAUAAAUUUAUUAAUGGGAGCCUCGCUUUUAGGCCUGGCUAAAUCUAUAUAUUAUACAUACUGAGAAAUACUCACCAAAAAGCUAUGUCGUAAAUUUUCGUACGCAAAUUAGUUAUAGCCAAUCAGAGGAGCGAACGAUGGUUUUCACACGUGAUAAAAACGAUACGUCCAAUCAGAAUCGCGAACGAUGUUUUUUCACGUGUGAGAAAAAUGAUACGUCCAAUCAGAAGCCACAGAGGUGUAGGAGUUUCGCGCCAAAAUUCCCGCCUUUUAUUGCAGCUUGCAGCGCCGCUUCGCACACAUUUAUCAACGAGAAAAGUUUUACUCAAGGAGUUUUUCUCGCUAAAAAAGUGAAAAACAUUUCGGAAAUGGAGUGGAAUAGUUUCGUUUGUUUCACUGUCGAUAAAAAAAUACGGUAGAGAGCCGGUGAAACAACAGCGGAAAGGGAUAAACAGAACGAGACGUAAGCUUUUGUUGUGCUUUUUGUCGGAGCUACUUUGCCUUUCAUUUAAGCUUAAGCUUAUAUUGAAACCGGCCAUUUUACUUAAAUUCACUCAUUUUCAAUUGUGUAUUGAGAACAAACAGUUAAGAUUACUUAUAGUUCUUGGAUUAAACCUCAUAUCCUCACCGUCAUUUAUGUUUUUAACAAACGUUUUUACUAAAAAGCUGAUACUUCGUUUUCGUUGUCAUUUUGCGGUAAGUGUGUAGCGGCAAAUUUUAGCAUUUUUGAAAGAUUUAAAAUAAAAAGGCCCGCAAAAUGAUGAAUGACUCAGUAUGUAUAUAAUAAACACAAUACCACAUGGAAAGUGCUUUGUACGGUAUUUACGCACUCGUUGUUUUUGUAUCAGAAAUCUUACUCGUUCGCUGCGCUCACUCGUUCGAUUUCUGAUACGUCAACAACUCGUGCGUAAAUACCGUACGCCAGCACUUUCCAUGAAGUAUUCUCUAUCAGUAUCUAUAAAAUAAACAGAACAUUACAUGGCCGCUUGGGGAUACGAAUUUUAUCCUCUCGUGCUGAAAGUAUCUCUCACUCGUUCUCUUCGUUCACUCGUGGGAGACACUCUCAGCACUCGAAGAUAAAAUUCGUAUCCCCAAGCGGCCAUGUAAUAUCCUCUAUAUCUAUUGUCUUAUAUGUCAACUCGUUGAAAAAGGCAGAGAUUUCACAAUCACUGGAAAUCAGUUGCCAAUUGUAACUUUGGCCUUUUUGCUUCCUGUCAAUUAUAGAAAAUACUUCUGCUUGACUUCAGACUCGUCGACUGUCACUGUCAAAUAUCUAGCUUUAACUCAUAAGUAAUAAAACGGCAAAGAUUCUUGCACCUGGAAAUAAAAAAUUAUGUUGAUUUCAGGAGGCUGGCUUAAUGUUGCCACCUUAAAGAAAGCCGACUCUUCCCCUACUUGGACCGCUGAAACUUCAUACCACGGGAUCAGUAACUAUCAGAAUAACUUAAUGGGCAUUAGCACAAGUGCCAUGCGUCAACUGAGGUCGCACUUGAACUUCACUCAACUGAGAUUCCACUGCAGUAAAGAAACUGGGCGCACCUUUCACGUCAUCACGGUCAAUAACAGUACUGGGGAAGCUGUAGUACAGUAUUUCAGCGGUCAGUCAAGUGUCCUGCCCGCUUCAUGCGGCUCGUUCAUUACAAUGAAGGACGACAACUCGUAUUUAGCUAAACAGUGUCACCGAUGGGGAAACGAUGGAUCACGACAUCAUGUUGGAAAAUGGGGUCACUUCAACAAAAACGAAGAACAACGAAUGUACGACCAUUCUGCGUUUGUUGCCCGCCGAUAUUACUGGGUUGUUUAUAACAACGUAUGGCUCUGUGAUGAGCCAGGAGACAAUGUCUUUGCAACUUCUACAGAAGAUUUCUGGAAAAUCUAUGUUCGCUGAAAAUGAAGGAUAAAAAAUGCUGUCUGCUUGACUGUGUUUAAAAUACUUACAGAAUCGAUGAAUCUGUAGUUUACAUGAUAAGAAAAUUACACAGUUUUUUCUUUUUUAAGGCUCCUUUUUUAUAACAACGUUGAGGAUGAAAGUGAGGAAAACUGGAUGGAAACACGAUAUUCUUUUAACAACGUUUAAUUCGAAUAUGUACUUCUCACCUGGACGAAGUCAUGUCAAUUUUUUCUUUAUUAUUCAAAUCCAUGGAAAUAUUAUGAUGAGUUAGCAUACAAUGUAGAAAUAGUGGUUUCAGUAGGCUUUUAGUGGCAACCUCUUUUCUAAUAUCUUUUCGCCCCUUGUAAGGGUAUGCGGAUUCCGGAAUCUGUGAAAUCUUUGCUUGUGGAAUCUGGAAUCCUACUAAGGAUUGGAAUCCAGAAUCCAAUUUCCACUGACAAAGAAUCCUGAAUCCAUUACCUUGAAUCCGGAAUCCACGGCAUGGAAUCCAGAAUCCAAGACUUUCGUGGAUUCCUUUACAUGGAGCGAAUCUUUCAAUGACACGGGCCUAAGAGCUUAGGAGAAGAGGGACCGUAGAAACAAGCUCGGAUUUCUGGCUGCAUUGAUAAACCAAUUUCGAUUUCAUUUAAAUUCAUACUUGGUUCAGAGGCUUGGGGAAUAAGUCUAUAGACGAGUCGCCUUGAGGUCCAGAAUGAAUAAUACAUUUCUUUUGUUUUAUUUCCCUAAGCCUCGGAUUAAAUAACGUAGUUGAGUAAAUAUAAUAAAGCUGUAACUUAUUAAAAAGGAAGGUGGUAACAAUUCUAUCAAGAAAUAUAGAAAUAAACUUUAUUUAAAUAACCAUUCCUCGCCAAAUUUAAAAAAUAAAAUGGCUGUUAAAAAUCGUUUUCACGGGAACGUUGCCGCCAAAGGAUCCUGAAGGAUCUGAAGUGCAACGAAAAAUCACGAAAAUUUAAAAUAGUCCCAGUUAGUUUAUAGAAAACUUGGUGGUCAACGCUUAAUAGUUGUUCAAGUUAUUUAACUUGGAGAGGGCUUCUAAAAAGCCCUUCUCCCUCUCUCCCUCCCCGUUCGAUAAUUCGAUAAUUCGCAGGAAAGUGAGCUGUCCAUUUUUUGACUUUGAUUAAUUUAUGAUUAUUUUUUCAUACUUGUUCACAGCCUCCACUGGUACAAAAUGAGCGAUGAUCGCCGGCUCGAGUUGUUUCCGCGGGAGUUCCGAGUUCAAAUCAUGGACAACCUUUGUAAACUGACCCAAAUGAAUUGCAUCCUGCCGACCAGUUGGGAUUGUUAACCCUGAUAUAAGCUGAUAUAUAUGUUUUAUAUGAUUUUUUUUGUUACAGUCAGUUGCUCCGUCCCACUAGUCUUUACGUAAAAGAUACCACCGAGGGCAUAUUAAAAUCUAAGCAAUGCGCGCUUGAAAGGCAACGCUUCGGUGGUUUAGCCAUAAGACUUGCUAGACCUAUUAACAUUUCCCUUAACAGAAACAGUAGGAUGUGCAUAACAUUGAUUAAAAAAAUCUCCCCAUCGCCUCUCUAUGAAUAAAUAACUAAAUAACUUACAGCUGUUAAGAAAUUGCUUUUUGUAGUGCGCCUUUAUCAUCAUUUUUAAUUAUUAACCAUCUGCAUGGAAAAUUCAAGUUUAAUUUGUAAGACAUCAACCGCCUUACAGGUUUAAAACUUUGAUGCCCAUGUCUACGUACAUCUCCGAAAAGAAGAACAAAACCCAAAAACAAUCAGUCAAGGUUCUUGAUUUCCAGAUUUUGGGUUAUUGAUGUUGUUGACCUUUUCAUUUUUGUUUUAUUCAUUUUUCUUUUUUGCUUGUUACCGCGGAAACGAAUAAAAUAUUUAUUACUAAAACUCAAAUUGUAAAGUAAAUUAAUAAGUGUUGGUACAAACAUAAUUCUCUUAAGACAUUAUUUAAUUUUCGGAAGGUUUUUUCAAAGUGGUACACAGAGAACAAGGAAAGCAUGAUUCUUCUAUCCUGUUGUAAAAAGGGCUUCUUCAGUUACUGAGAGACUAAAUUAGGUGUAAAAUCACUUUGAAAGCAGUCAGCCAUUGGAGCUUCUAUACAAAAAAAAUAGAGCCGCUCAUGCAGCUCUGACUACCAAUCAGAGUGUCCUUGUUUAUUUAACUAAGCCAGCCGUUAUCCAUAGUAAUGAUUUCAGGUGUAAUUUCAUUCUCAUGUAAGCGUGUACGAUAGAUUGAACUGUUGUAGAUGAGAAUGAACUGGUUUCUACUUUGUUAGACAAAUGCAAGUUUGGUAAGAAACUCAUUUCCGCUCGAUUGUUUCUGUUUUCCUUAACAUACUAGUUGUAUAUUAUGGCUUUUUUUUACAGUAAAUACUGUAAAAUACUACUUUGUUUUUAAAUUCGUCACUGUGCCUUGUUUCGUUCUAUUUGUAGCGAUUGUUGGCACCAUGUUUCUAUCUAUUUAUAUUCCAUUCAUACUGAUAUUCUUGAGGACCUCUAUACUCUUAUCUGCACCAGAUUACUGUGGUAACUUGUUUGAAAGUUUUUCAGGUACGUGUUUGAUCAUCAUGUCUUGAUUUGCAAACUUGUGACGUGCAGUACACUUAAGACUCUUUCAGAAUCCUAAGUUCACCUGUCUCAACUGUUUCAAAGGCAUGGAAUUUUGUUCUACAUCUUUGAGAUAAAAUUAAAUAUUUUAAGCAAUGCCAAUCAAUUUUAGCUUUUUCGUGAGAGUUUGCUCGAGUGCGCAUCGUAAGUUCAACGAAGUGUAAUUUUUUUUCAGCCUCAUAAAUCUAUUUUUUGUUUGUUACUGUUCUCAACUAUUUUCGAUUUUGUUCUGUGUAAGCACUGUACCCUGUUUUGAAAUAGAAUGGCAGAUUUUGUCUAUCAAUAAACGCUAAAGGGAUUUAAAAUAAUCAUGAACGAUGUCAUUUUUAAUUUUUUUCUUUCUCUUGAUAUAUAGCAUUGAAGCAGCUUACUCAGUAGAGUUUUUAAAGCUGUAAUUUAAAGGAAAGUUUUUCAUGCACCUGAAUUUAAGGGUGGUCGCACUACCGUGGUUGAAAAGGAAGUGCUGUUGUACCAACGCGCAUCCGCAAAACACAAAUCGUGCAAG